AUGUCUAAGAUUCAUUUAAUGGUAAACCUGACAGUAAAAAAGUUAAUAAUCUGUUAUACAUUCUUAUUUAUAAAAAAGCUGAGGAGUGUUUUAAUAAUUAUAAAAAAUAAUAUUAUUAAUAUUGAAUUUUUUAAUGAUAUACAAAAAUUUUCUACUUUAUAUUUAGGUACGAAUUAUAAAUGUUGUAUGACUUUUAUAGCAUCUAAAUUGAGAAUUUACAAUUUAUAA